GACGGUGCACUCGCGCCAGCAGCAGAAGAACGAUUCACGGAGUCGAGUCGAGUCGAGUCGAAAAGGCGCGCAGCACUAGUCGGGGCUAAUGGGAGCGUGGCAGCAGGCCAAGCUGGUGCUGGGAUGGGCCGCUCUCUUCUGGGCCUCCCUCCAGGCAGCGCAGGGCCAGGGCCAGGCGCAGGCCCCGAGCCAGGCGCACAGUCCGGGCCAGGGGGACGGGGGCUACCAGGCCAGCCGCUUCUCUGGAAAACCUGAUGAUGUGCAGAGCCGUGUGCGCAGGCGAGGCCAGGACACUCUGAGGGGGCCCAAUGUGUGCGGCUCACGUUUUCAUUCCUAUUGUUGCCCUGGGUGGAAAACUCUCCCUGGAGGAAAUCAGUGCAUUGUCCCCAUCUGUAGGAACUCCUGCGGCGACGGCUUCUGCUCCAGACCCAACAUGUGCACCUGUUCCAGCGGACACCUCGCCCCCAGCUGCGGGGCGGGGGCCGGAGUGCAGUCCUGUAAUGUCAGGUGUAUGAACGGAGGCAGCUGCCAAGAGGAUUCCUGCUCAUGUCAGAAGGGCUUCACAGGCAUGCACUGCGGACAGCCCGUGUGCGAGAGUGGCUGUCAGAACGGAGGACGAUGCAUCGGCCCCAACAGAUGUGCUUGCGUCUACGGUUUCACUGGUCCACAGUGUGAGAGAGACUACCGGACGGGCCCCUGCUUCCUGCAGGUCAACAACCAGAUGUGCCAGGGUCAGCUGAGUGGCAUCGUGUGCACCAAGACGCUCUGCUGUGCCACCAUCGGCCGCGCCUGGGGUCACCCGUGCGAGAUGUGCCCGUCUCAGCCACACCCCUGUCGCCGCGGCUUCAUCCCCAAUAUCCGCAGCGGAGCAUGUCAGGAUGUGGAUGAGUGCCAGGCCAUCCCAGGCCUGUGUGCUGGAGGCAACUGCAUUAACACUGUGGGCUCCUAUGAGUGCAAAUGCCCUGCGGGCCACCGCCAGAGUGACACCAGCCAGAAGUGUGAAGACGUUGACGAGUGUGCCACCAUCCCUGGCGUGUGCGACGGAGGCGACUGCACCAACACAGUGGGCAGCUACGUCUGCACCUGCCCGCGCGGAUACAUCACCACCUCAGACGGCUCCAGAUGUGUCGACCAGCGUCUGGGCAUGUGUUUCUCGGCGAUGGCCAGUGGGCGCUGUGCUGGGGAGCUGAGUGGCCAGUACACCAAGAUGCAGUGCUGUUGUGACCUGGGUCGCUGCUGGGCAGCCGGACACCUCUCUGAGGUCUGUCCAGUGCGGGGAACCGAUGAGUACAGACGCCUGUGCAUCCAGGGCCUGCCUUAUGCCAACGGAGGAGGCUACCCCAACGGUGGCGUCUACCCUAACGGUGGAGGUGGGGGUGGAAACGGUGGCCAUGGCUACAACGACUACAAGGUCAACGGGGGCAACGGCGGUGGCAAUGGUGGUGGUAAUGGCCGCGGCAACGGCAACGGAUUCCCAGACAUCGGCACUGUGAAAGUGAACGAGACCAUCGACGUGUGUAAGCACUUCACCAACCUGUGCCUGAACGGACGCUGCAUCCCCACACCCACCAGCUACCGCUGCGAGUGCAACAUGGGCUACCGACAGGACGUGCGUGGAGAGUGUAUCGAUGUGGAUGAGUGUAUCAGCAGUCCCUGUGUGAACGGAGACUGUGUGAACACACAAGGGUCGUACCACUGCAAGUGUCUCGAGGGAUACCAGGGCACCCCCACCAAACAGGCCUGCAUCGACAUUGACGAGUGCAUCGUAAAUGGAGUCAUGUGCCGUAACGGGCGCUGUGUCAACACAGACGGAAGCUUCCAGUGCAUCUGCAACGCCGGUUUUGAGCUCACCCCUGAUGAGAAGAACUGCAUUGAUCAUGAUGAGUGUGCGACCACUAACAUGUGCCUGAACGGCAUGUGCAUCAAUGAAGACGGCAGCUUCAAGUGCAUCUGCAAGCCUGGUUUCACCCUGGCAGCUAGUGGGCGCUAUUGCAUAGAUAUCGACGAGUGUCAGACGCCGGGGAUCUGCAUGAACGGCCGCUGCAUCAACUCCGAGGGCUCCUUCCGCUGCGAGUGUCCCCCGGGGCUGGCGGUGGACGUGGACGGCCGCGUGUGCGUGGACACCCACAUGCGCACCACCUGCUACGGCGCCAUCAAGAUGGGCACCUGCUCGCGCCCCUUCCCCGGCGCCGUCACCAAGUCCGAGUGCUGCUGCGCCAGCCCCGAGCACGGCUUCGGAGAGCCCUGCCAGCCGUGCCCUGCCCGCAACUCUGCGGAGUUCCUGGCGGUGUGCAGCAGCGGGAUCGGGAUCACGGCCGACGGACGAGAUAUCAACGAGUGUGGCCUGGACCCCGACAUCUGCCAGAAUGGCAUCUGCGAGAACCUGCGCGGAAGCUACCGCUGCAUCUGCAACAGCGGCUACGAGCCCGACUCCAGCGGGAAGAACUGCGUGGAUAUAAACGAGUGUCUGGUGAACCGUCUGCUGUGUGACAACGGCAUGUGUCGGAACACCCCUGGCAGCUACACAUGCACCUGCCCCAAGGGCUACGUCUUCAAGCCGGACUCGGAGACCUGCGAAGAUAUCGACGAAUGCGAGUCCAAUCCGUGCGUCAACGGCGUCUGCCGCAACAACGCCGGCUCUUUCGUCUGCGAGUGCUCCCACGGCAGCAAGCUGGACUCGACCAACACCGUCUGCGUCGACAGCAUGAAGGGCACCUGCUGGCUGAACAUCCAGGACGGCCGCUGUGAGGUCAACAUCAACGGGGCCACGCUCAAGUCCGAGUGCUGCUCCACUCUGGGGGCCGCCUGGGGGAGCCCCUGUGAACCCUGUGAAGUCGACACUGCCUGCACCAAAGGUCUGGCCCGUAAGAAGGGCCUGGUGUGUGAAGAUAUAAACGAAUGCGAGGUGUUCCCCGGGGUGUGUGUCAACGGGCGCUGUGUGAACACGCAUGGCUCAUUCCGCUGCGAGUGCUCGGAGGGCCUGACUCUGGACGGAAGUGGAAGGACCUGUGUGGACAUGCGGAGCGAGCAGUGCUACCUCAAAUACGACGAGGACGAGUGCGUUGAGCCGCUGCCCGGGCGCUACCGCGUGGACAUGUGCUGCUGCUCCGUGGGCUCGGCCUGGGGCGUGGACUGCGAGGAGUGCCCCAAGACGGGCUCCCCCGAGUACAAGGCCAUCUGCCCCCGCGGGCCCGGCUUCGCCAACCGCGGAGACAUCCUGACUGGCAGACCCUUCUACAAAGAUGUGAAUGAGUGUAAGGUCUUCAAGGGCCUGUGCACCCACGGUACUUGCAGAAAUACCAUCGGCAGCUUCAAGUGUCGCUGUAACAGCGGCUUUGCCCUCACCAUGGAGGAGAGGAACUGCACAGAUAUUGAUGAGUGUCGCAUCUCCCCGGACCUGUGCGGCCACGGCACCUGUGUGAACACGCCCGGCAGCUUUGAGUGCGAGUGCUUCGAGGGCUACGAGAGCGGCUUCAUGAUGAUGAAGAACUGCAUGGACGUUGAUGAAUGUGAGAGGGACCCCCUGCUGUGUCGUGGGGGCACCUGUCUCAACACCGAGGGCAGCUACGAGUGCGAGUGUCCCCCCGGCCACCAGCUCAGCUCCGAGGCCUCCGUGUGUGAAGAUGUGAACGAGUGCGACUUGAGCGACACCCUGUGUAAGAACGGCAAGUGCGUGAACGUGGUGGGCACCUACCAGUGCUCCUGUGACACGGGCUACCAGGCCACGCCCGACAGACAGGGCUGCGUGGAUAUUGAUGAGUGUACCAUCAUGAACGGAGGCUGUGACACGCACUGUACCAACUCUGACGGCAGCUAUGAGUGCAGCUGUAGUGAAGGCUACGCUCUGAUGCCUGACCAGAGGAGCUGCGCUGACAUUGAUGAGUGUGAGGACACGCCUGACAUCUGUGACGGGGGCCAGUGCACCAACAUCCCCGGAGAGUACCGCUGCCUCUGCUACGACGGCUUCAUGGCCUCCAUGGACAUGAGGACCUGCAUCGAUGUGAACGAGUGUGACCUGAACCCCAACAUCUGUCUGCACGGGGACUGUGAGAACACCAAGGGCUCGUUCAUCUGCCACUGCCAGCUGGGCUACUUUGUGAAGAAGGGCUCCACUGGCUGCACAGAUGUGGAUGAGUGUGAGAUCGGGGCUCAUAACUGUGACAUGCACGCUGCCUGCGUCAACACUCCCGGGAGCUUCAAGUGUCGUUGCCAAGAUGGCUGGGUGGGAGACGGCAUCAAAUGUGUCGACCUGGAUGAAUGUACCAAUGAGGAGCAUAACUGCAACCCCAACGCCAACUGUCACAACACCCCCGGCUCGUACCGCUGCGUCUGCAAAGAGGGCUUCAACGGCGACGGCUUCUCCUGCUCAGACAUGGACGAGUGCGCUGACAAUGUGAACCUGUGUGAGAACGGCCAGUGCCUGAACGCCCCCGGCGGCUACCGGUGCGAGUGUGAGAUGGGCUUCACCACGACGGACGACAGCAAAGCCUGCAGAGAUAUUGACGAGUGCAACUUCCAGAACAUCUGCAUGUUCGGAACGUGCCAGAACCUGCCGGGAAUGUUCCGCUGUGUGUGCGACGACGGAUACGAGCUGGAUCGCAGCGGAGGCAACUGCACUGAUGUGAACGAGUGUGCGGACCCUGUGAACUGCAUCAAUGGUCUGUGUGUGAACACGCCCGGAAACUACCUCUGCAACUGCCCCGCCGACUUUGAGCUCAACCCCACAGGAGUGGGCUGCGUGGACACACGUGUGGGGAACUGUUACCUGGACACGCUGAAUCGUGGUGAUGGGGGGAUCUCGUGCGUCUCUGAGAUCGGCGUGGGCGUCACCAGAGCCUCCUGCUGCUGCUCGCUGGGAGGUGCAUGGGGCAACCCCUGUGAACAGUGCCCUGCAGUCAACUCAACUGAGUAUAAAACUCUGUGUCCUGGUGGGGAGGGCUUCCGGCCAAAUCCCAUCACAGUCAUCCUGGAAGAUAUAGACGAGUGCCAGGAGCUACCUGGCCUGUGCCAAGGGGGCAACUGUGUCAACACGUUCGGGAGUUUCCAGUGCGAGUGUCCGGCAGGCUACUACCUGAGCGAGGAGAGCCGCAUCUGUGAAGACAUUGAUGAAUGCACAGCCCACAUUGGCAUCUGCGGGCCGGGUACCUGCUACAACACUCUUGGGAACUACACCUGUGUCUGCCCGCCUGAGUACAUGCAAGUCAAUGGAGGCAACAACUGCAUGGACAUGAGGAAGAGUGUGUGCUACCGCAACUUCAACGACACGUGCGAGAACGAGCUCUCCUUCAACAUGACAAAGAAGAUGUGCUGCUGCGCCUACAACGUGGGCAAAGCCUGGAACAAGCCCUGCGAGCCCUGCCCUACCCCUGCCACCUCCGAGUAUCAGUUCCUGUGUGGUAACCAGGCGCCCGGCUUCAUCAUCGACAUCCACACUGGAAAGCCUGUUGAUAUCGACGAGUGCCGCGAGAUCCCCGGCAUCUGUGCCAACGGCGUGUGCAUCAACCAGAUCGGCAGCUUCCGCUGCGAGUGUCCCAUGGGCUUCAGCUACAACAACAUCCUGCUGAUCUGUGAAGACAUUGACGAAUGCAACAGCGGCGAGAACCUGUGCCAGCGCAACGCCAAGUGCAUCAACAUCCCCGGGAACUACCGCUGCGAGUGCUCGCCCGGCUACAAGCUCACCCCCAGUGGGGCGUGUCAGGACCGCAAUGAGUGUCAGGAGAUCCCCAACGUGUGCAGCCAGGGCCAGUGCAUCGACAUGGAGGGCAGCUACCGCUGCAUAUGCGGCAACGGCUUCAAGGCCUCGGCAGACCAGACCAUGUGCAUGGACAUGGAUGAGUGUGACAGGCAGCCAUGUGGCAACGGGACCUGCAAGAACUCGGUGGGCUCCUACAACUGUCUGUGUUUUCCCGGCUUUGAUCUCACACACAACAAUGACUGCAUGGAUAUUGAUGAGUGUAGCACCCAGGCUGGUCAGGUGUGUAGGAAUGGCCAGUGCAUCAACAACGUGGGCUCCUUCCAGUGCCUGUGCCACGAUGGCUACGACCUCACCGCCGAUGGCAAAACCUGUGUUGAUGUGAACGAGUGUGUGACGUUCCCUGGGGCCUGCUCACCUGGCACCUGUCAGAACCUGGACGGCUCUUUCCGCUGCAUCUGUCCUCCGGGCUACUCCGUGCAGAAUGACCAGUGCAUCGACAUCAACGAGUGCGAGUCCGAGCCCAACAUCUGCCAGUUCGGCACCUGCACCAACACGCCUGGAAGCUUCCAGUGUGUCUGCCCGCCUGGGUUCGUGCUCUCUGAUAACGGCAGGCGCUGCUUUGACACACGGAAGAGCUACUGCUUCACACGUUUCGAUGCGGGCAAGUGCUCCGUGCCCAAGGCCUCCAACACCACCAAGGCCGUGUGCUGCUGCAGCAAGAUGCCCGGCGAGGGCUGGGGAGACCCCUGCGAACUGUGCCCACGGGAGGGCGAAGCUGCCUUUGACAUCCUCUGUCCUUAUGGUCAUGGAACUGUGGCCAAUGCGGAGCAUGGUGGAAGAGAAGACAUGAAUGAGUGUUUGGAUAACCCUGGCAUCUGUGGGAAUGGCAUAUGCAUCAACACUGACGGCUCUUUCCGCUGCGAGUGUCCCUUCGGAUAUAAUCUGGACUACAACGGCCUCAACUGCGUGGACACUGAUGAGUGCUCCUUCGGGAACCCCUGUGGGAACGGCACCUGUACUAAUGUGGUGGGAGGCUUCGAGUGCUCCUGUCAGGAGGGCUUUGAACCUGGGCCCAUGAUGACAUGUGAAGACAUAAACGAGUGCGCUCUCAAUCCCCUGCUCUGUGCCUUCCGCUGUGUCAACACCUUCGGCUCCUACGAGUGCAUGUGCCCGGCGGGAUAUGUGCUGCGUGACGACCACAGGAUGUGCAGAGACCAGGACGAGUGCUCGGAGGGUCUGGAUGACUGUGCCUCCAAAGGCAUGGCGUGCAAGAACCUCAUCGGAACCUUCAUGUGCAUCUGCCCGCCUGGCAUGACACGCCGCCCGGAUGGAGAUGGCUGCAUGGACCUGAACGAGUGUCGCAGCAAGCCUGGCAUCUGUAAGAACGGGCGCUGUGUCAACACGGUGGGCAGCUACCGCUGCGACUGCAACGAGGGCUUCCAGCCCAGCUCCACGGGCACCGAGUGCAUCGAUAACAGACAGGGCUUCUGCUUCACCGAGGUGCUCCAGACCAUGUGCCAGCAGUCCUCCACCAACCGCAACAGCGUCACCAAGUCCGAGUGCUGCUGCAACGGCGGCCGCGGCUGGGGUCCGCAGUGCGAGCUGUGCCCGCUGCCCGGCACCGUCCACUACAAGAAGAUGUGCCCGCUGGGACCAGGGUACACCACUGACGGGCGAGACAUCAACGAGUGCCAGGUGAUGCCCAACCUGUGCAAGCACGGCCAGUGCAUCAACACCAUCGGCUCGUUCCGCUGCCACUGUGACGUGGGCUACAGCGCCGACUUCACCGGCACCGCCUGCGUCGACACAGACGAGUGCUCGCAAUCUCCCAAGCCGUGCAACUUCCUGUGCAAGAACACUGAGGGCAGCUACCUGUGCUCCUGUCCAAGAGGCUACAACCUGCAGCCCGACGGCAAGUCCUGCAAAGAUUUGGACGAGUGCUCCACCAAGCAACACAACUGCCAGUUCCUGUGUGUGAACACCAUCGGGGGCUUCACCUGCAAGUGUCCUCCAGGCUUCACACAGCACCAGACGGCGUGUAUCGACAAUAAUGAAUGUAGCCAGUCCAACACGUGUGGCUCGCGUGCAUCCUGCACCAACACCCCGGGCAGCUUCAACUGUGACUGUCAGAAGGGCUUCUCCCUGGACAACACAGGCCACGAGUGUGAAGAUGUGGACGAGUGUGGCGGGAACCACCGGUGCCAGCACGGCUGCCAGAACAUGAUGGGAGGCUUCCGCUGCGGCUGCCCUCAGGGCUACGUGCAGCACUACCAGUGGAACCAGUGCGUGGAUGAGAACGAGUGCGCAGGCAACCAGUUGUGCGGCUCGGCCUCCUGCUACAACACCCUGGGCAGCUUCAAGUGCGUGUGCCCGUCCGGCUUCGACUUCGAGCAGGGCGGCUGCCAGGACGUCAACGAGUGCUCCAUGGGCAGCAACCCGUGCAGCUUCGGCUGCUCCAACACCGACGGAGGCUACCUGUGCGGCUGCCCCGGGGGCUACUUCAGAGCAGGACAAGGGCACUGUAUCACAGGAGCAGGCUUCCCGGGCCAGUUCAACCCUGAGGGCGAUGGGGAAGACAGUCUCUCUCCAGAGGCCUGCUACGAGUGCAAGAUCAAUGGAGACGCCGGCAAGAACGGACGCCACCGGCGAAACGCGGCUGACAAGCAGGAGCAGCAGGUGAGCAUGGCCAGCGUGGACAUCCAGGAGGCCAUCCCCAUGAACCUGAGCCUGGCGUCGCUGCAGAACCGCGAGCCUCUGCUGGAGCUGCUGCCGGCGCUGGAGCCCCUGGAGCGCCACGUGCGCUACGUCAUCACGCACGCCGGCCACGGCCACGCCGACUACUUCCGGCUGCAGGAGCGCCGCGACGGCAAGAGCGUGCUGCGGCUGGGGCGCAAGACGCCGCCGGCCGGCUCCUACCGGGUGGAGAUCGCCAGCCUGCCGCUGUUCGGCCCGCGCCAGCUGCGGCAGCUGGAGGAGCAGCACGACAACGACUACCUGCUGGGCGAGAUCGGCGACGCGCUGCGCAUCAAGCUGCACAUCCACCUGCACUGAGCCCCGCCCUCACCCACGCCCAGCCCCCAACGGGCUCAGGACUGCCACCCCCCUCACCCCCCCAACCUCCAACCACCAACCCCCAACCUCCAACCCCCACCACCUUCACCCUGAUACUUUAUACUACCCAAACAGGGCGCAGUGGCCCAAAAAAACUGAGUCGACCACCUACCACUUUUUUUGUUUGUUUGUUUGUUUUUGCUCUUUUAUUUGUCACCCUAAUCCCUCGUUUAUCCACCCACAGACCCCGUCCCCAACCCCCACCUCCUUGAACCCCCUUCAAUACCAAAUGAAGCAGAUUACAGACAGGUCAUGUGGCUUCUACACGUGACCGCUUUUUGACAGCGAGGAAAGAGCUGACAUUUUUUAAGUCGAUAAUACACCACGACGCACAGUUGCACAGUCUUAGCUGAAGGCUAAUCGUGCGGAAUUAUUGUGUGAGGGGGGGUUUGAAGUUUUAAGGUAAAGAGAAUGUUGUUGUUGAUUGAGAAGGAAAAAAAAGUACAGAAGUUUACAACUUAAAGAAGUGGUUUUCGGGGCAAAUUUGUACAAAAGAAGCAUGUUUAUGACAAGUUAGAACCUGUCAGAGAUGGUCCUAAGAGCCACUCGCCUUUCUGUAAUCUCGUUCCACACUGGGGUGAAAGAUUAGUCUCUUGCUUCAUUCAGUAUUCUAUAUAUGUUAAUGUAUUGUACUGUUUAAGGAAAAAAAAAACAUUCACACGAAGGACUGCAGCAAUAGUCACUCACAACAUUUCAGGUUUCCAGAGGAAGUAGAAUAUGGAUAACUGUAAAG